AUGUAAUAAUAUAUUGGAGAUAUUAAAUAAUUGCAAAAAUCUCCUCCUGAUUAAUUUUCUUUCUUACUUAGAAUUGGAAAUAAAUCUUAAUCUACAUCUCUUUCAAAUCUCUUCACUGGAGAUCCUGCUAUACCUGUAAUUGGCAAAUAUUCUAGAAAUCAAUAUCAUUUUUUAAAUGUAGAUGCCCUAAUAUAAAUGGAUUUAGAUUUUAGUGAAGAUAAUUAUCAUUGUUAAGGAUAAAAGAUUAAUUUACCUAAUAAUGUAUUAAAUAUUUUACAUAAUAUUCCUGAUAAAAUAAUUCAUAAUAAACCUCCUCCAAAAGAGAAUAAUAAAUAAGGAGCUUAAAAACAACAUAAAGGAUAAUAAAAAUUAAUAAUAUAAUAAUCGGAUAAAAAACUAAAAGAAUAAAUUUAAUAAGAAGGAGAUUUUAUUAUAAUGCAAUUUCAUCCAUUACAAUUUCAUGUUUCUCAUAAUCUCAAAUUUAGUUGGAUUAUAAGUUCAUUAAAAAAUAAAAAGAUUCUUCAACCAAUGAAAUAAGAACCAUGUUUAAGUUACGUGAAUCAUAAUUGGGUAUUUGAAAGAAUCAACUUCAAAAAUACUAAAAAAUUAAUUUAAUAUCUCCCCAUAUGUGUUAUAGAUCCAAAAGGAGUAUUUGAAUAUCCAGAUCCAUAUAAAGGACUUAGUUUUAAAGGUUUAAGAUCUGAAUACAUGUCAGUUCAUUUAGGUCCUUAAGGAUCACUUUGUUUUUCACCAAACAAUAUGAAAUUAAUGGUUGAUAUGAAAUGUCCUUUAAUUUCAUUUUGGACUGUUAUUCUAUAAGAAAAUGGAAUUCAUUAAGUUAAUUUACAUUGGAUCAUUUUAUAUGAAUUAUUCUCAGAAAUGUCUCAUGUAAUAACAAAAGAAGCAUAAACAAUUUAACAAUUAAUAAUAAAUUAUAGUGAUUUAAUUGAUGAUUUUAAAACAGAAUGCGAACAAAUAAAUAAAGUUUUUGGUUGA